AUGGCGACCUCCGAAAAGGGUCAACGGCGUGACAAGCUUGAAGGCCAGAUCGACAAGCAGCUCGACAAGCUUCCCAUCGACAAGGAGAGACUCAAGCGGGAGUUCGACCUCUCCCACUUCGACCUGAACCAAAUCUUGCGGGGCAUCCAGUUGACGCUGGUUGGAGCUCAACGAGCCCUUCAAAAUCCUGCCUUGUUCACUUCGGACCACUACCGACAAGCCGGCAUUGCCGUCUUGAGUGGCCUUGCCAUCCGUCUCGUCAUCUCCAUUCCCAUCAUUGGCGUCAGAGUCUUUCUCUGGAUUCUCUCCUUUUUCUUGAGCCUGGACCAUGUCACUUGGGACGACCAGCUUGUCGGGGGCCUCAACUUCAUCGAGGAAUAUGUUUUGCAGGUCCCCUUUUUCCUCAUGGCGCUGAUGCGCUACGUCACCCCGACACUCGACAAUAUGCAAAAACACAAGCAUGAAGACCCGACCAAGCUUCGAGACAUGUACUAUCCCAACCUCAAGAUGUACAAGGUCAGCGACGGCAGCACCCACACGACCAGCACAGCAGAAGCCAUUAGCAUGUUUCUGUACCGCUUCGCUCGAAAGGGUGCCAUCUCCCUCGCCGUAUUCGCCCUGUCAUAUCUACCCAUCGUCGGUAGAUUCGUGCUGCCCGCAGCCAGUUUCUACACCUUCAAUAAUGCCGUUGGAUUGGGACCUGCGUCUGUCAUCUUUGGAACGGGCAUCUUCUUGCCCAAGCGGUACAUUGUCAUCUUCCUGCAGAGUUACUUUGCGUCCAGGAGUUUGAUGAGAGAGCUUCUAGAGCCGUACUUUUCUCGUGUGCACUUUACCAAGGAGCAGAAGAGGAACUGGUUCCGGAACCGCGAGGGAUUAUUGUUCGGCUUCGCCAUCGGGUUCUACACACUGAUUAAGAUCCCGCUCGUUGGUGUCUUGAUCUACGGUAUCGCAGAGGCCUCAACGGCGUACUUGAUUACCAAGAUUACCGACCCUCCCCCGCCUCCCGCCGAGAAGGCUGCUUUUGCCGCGAGCCAGCAAGAGUGGACGAAUAAGCACGAGUUCCUCAACCUCUCGCUCGGCGAUAUUGAUGCCAUUCACCUCAAGUCGCGGCCGGCAAACCCGACAGGCGAUGCUCAAAAGCACGAGUAG